UGAACAUGCAGAGUCUUGGCUAGAGCUUUACAGGACGGAGUCGCGGUCGAGCAAUUCUAAAUGAGCCUCUGUCCACCAUCGGGUCUGUUUGAAGACGACUAAGGACUUAAUAGGAUGUCAACGGAGACAGAACUCCAGGCAGCUGUCAAAACCAGCACACGAAAGGAAUCCAGGAGGAAAGGUCAAGACCGAAGCGAAGCGGGCCUUAUAAGGCGCUUUAAAGGAGAUGGCGUCCGGUACAAAGCCAAACUCAUUGGCAUCGAGGAGGUGACAGCGGCACGAGGAGACAAGCUGUGCCAGGAUGCCAUGAUACAGCUCAAGGGAAUCGCUGCUGCUGCUCGCUCAAAAGGAGAACACAAGCAGAAAAUCUUUUUAACCGUCUCCUUUGGAGGAAUCAAGAUCUUUGAUGAAAAGACGGGGGUUCUUCAACAUCAGCACGCAGUUCAUGAAAUUUCAUACAUUGCCAAGGACAUCACGGACCACAGAGCCUUCGGCUACGUGUGUGGGAAGGAGGGGAACCAUCGAUUUGUGGCCAUCAAGACAGCUCAGUCUGCUGAGCCAGUCAUCCUUGACUUGCGGGACCUCUUCCAGCUCAUCUUUGAACUGAAACAACGAGAGGAGUUGGAAAAGAAAGCGCAGAAGGACAAGCAGUGUGAGCAGGCGGUAUACCAGACAAUUCUGGAGGAGGACGUGGAGGACCCUGUCUACCAGUACAUUGUAUUUGAGGCGGGACACGAGCCGAUGCGUGAGCCUGAGACAGAAGAGAACAUUUAUCAGGUCCCGACCAGCCAGCAGAAGGAGGGCGUCUAUGAUGUUCCCAAACGGCAACCAGUGAGUAACAUCAGCCAGCUAGAAAUCUUUGGGGACAUGUCAACUCCUCCGGAUAUCACGUCACCGUCGACUCCAGCUUCUCCAGCCAACUCCCUUGAGCCAGGCACGUCCCACCAGCCCACUAUGGAAAUGUUUGGGCCGUUCAGCCCUACCGCUGUACCCUCAGGUUACGUCACGAUGGGCGCUAUUCCGCCCGCCCUUUGGGGUCAGCCACCGUUCGGAGCCCAGCCUCCCUUGGCCUUCGGAGCCCAGUCUCCAGUUCCUCAGGUGAUUCCCGGGACCCAGCAGAUGAUUUGGGGCCAGGCCAACAUGUUCCCUGCUACCCAGCAACAAUGGGCCGCCAUGGCAGGAGCAUUUCCCACCGCUGCCUUUAUGCCAACUCAGGCUGUUGGCCCUUUGCCGGCCGCCAUGUUCCAGAGCAUUGCUGUCCCAAUUGCCACGGCACCCACCACCUCCUCGGAGGCAGCAGCCCCCAGCCCACAAGCAGGGCAGUCCAAGCAAAAAAUGGGCAAGGAUAUGUUUAAAGAUUUCCAGAUGGCAAAGCCUCCUCCAGUGCCAUCGCGGAAGACGGAACAGCCCGUCCUGGCAUGCACAUCCGAGGCUUUCUCCACCUACUUCAGCCGCGUGGGUGUGGCGCAGGAUGCCGAUGACUGUGACGACUUCGACAUCUCCCAGAUGAACCUGACACCGGUGACCUCGACGACGCCAUCCACCAACUCGCCUCCGACUCCAGCUCCCCAACAGAGCUCACCAUCCAAAUCGUCGGCUUCUCACGCUAGUGACCCUGCGACGGACGACUCGUUCGGAGAGGUGGAGGACAGUCCCCAGCGGAGCGGCGAGGAGGAAGCAGUGCCAUUUGAGUGGGCACUGACUGGUGGGUUAAUGAACAGUGGCACAAUGUCUGCCCUCAUGUGCUGUUGUUUUGCCCUGCCCACUGCACAGUCGACGCUGGACCAAUGCCACCCUGCUGUUGUCCAUCAUAUCCGUGCCCACGCCAUACUGGAGAACGAUCCUCUCUAUGCCCAGAUUAACAAGUGGAAGAAUGUGGCCCUCAAGUCAACAACAGGGGAGUGUAAACAGACAGUCGGGCAGCGGCAGACGGACACUCGCCAGGCGGCCAUCAUGUGGAGUCGCACUCUGCUCUUCUGCUGUUACUCUGCCCUCUGCUUCACCCAGUCAACUGGCAGCAGUGAGAAUGGGACGACGGCCAAAAAGAGAUGGACACGUUCUGUGGCGGCCCCCCCAGAGCCCAUCGACUGCCUGCUGACCCAGUGGUCUCCCUGGAGCAUGUGCGAUUCAUGCCAGAAGAAGAGGUACCGGUUUGCAAAGCUGGAGCAGCCUUCCCAGUUUGGCGGUGAGCUGUGCCCGGAGCGUGGCCUGGAAGAGGAGCCGUGUGCCACCUCGGCCCCCUGCAGAGACUCAGUCCGCUGUGAGGGCUUCGUCUGUGCCAUUACAGGCCGAUGCAUUCCCAGCAGGCUGCGCUGCAACGGUGACAAUGACUGUGGUGACAAAUCAGAUGAGCAGAAGUGCAAGAGCGUCAACCCUGCAUGCAAGAGCAAGACGGAGGAGCACUGGGGCAUCGAGCGCCUUGCGCGGGGGGUUGACGUGCUGGACAGCAGCCUGAAGGGGACCGUCCUCGAUAACCGGUACUACGCCGGCAGCUGCCUCCCGUACUUCAUCUACGACACCCGAUUCAGAAAGCCACACAACCUGCAAAGCUACACCCUCGAGACAAAGGGGACCUACGAGUUUGAUCUGAAGGAGUUUGAGUCGUACUCUGAGGUCGAGAAGGACACGAUGCGCGCCCACAGCUCCCAGACGAGCUUCGGCAUUGGCUUCUCAAUUCCAGGGGUAUUCGAGUUCGGGUUCAACUACGACGACGCCAGGCAGAAGAAAUUAAUUAAAAGGAUGCGCCAAUACUCAGCCGGGGAAAACAACUUUGUGCGUGCCAGCUCGAGACUGGAAGUGGCCCGCUACGUCCUGAAGCCGCGGGACCUGAUGCUGCACUUCGAGUUCUUUGCCAGGGUUAACCGCCUGCCGCUGGACUAUACCUACGGCGAGUACAGGGAGCUCUUCCAGGACUACGGCACCCACUACAUCACGGAGGCCACACUGGGUGGGCUCUAUGAAUUCACUGUGGCCCUCAAUCGCAGGGCACUGGAGGAGUCGGGGUACACUCUGAGUGAUGCCAAGACUUGUACGGCCGCAGGACUGAGACUCGGUGCCAACAUUAAAGGAGUUUACGUGUCGGGUGGCUUGAAUUUUGGCCUUUGUAAAGGACUUCUCAAAGAGAUCGGGGACGACACACAGAAGCGGACCCUGGUGGAGGACUUCAUUGCCAACGUGAGAGGUGGCACCAGUGAAUUCAUCAGCCGCCUGGCAUACAACAAGCUCCCGACCGUGGAGGUCAUGCAGAAGUGGGGCGAGUCCGUCCAGUACAAUCCCGACAUCAUUGAGUUCAAGACGGAGCCCCUGUUCCAACUCGUCACUCCCACCGUCUUCCGGAACGCUGCCAUCAUCAAGCGCCACAUGCAGCAGGCACUUCAGGAGUUCCUGGCCGAGUCGAACGCUUGCCGCUGUGCCCCCUGCCUUAACAACGGGGUGGCCAUCCGGAAAGGCACAGGGUGUGAAUGUGUGUGCCCACUCGGCUUCAGCGGGCUCGCCUGUGAGAUCUCCCAGCAGACAGUUGCCACUGACGGGAAUUGGAGCUGUUGGUCACCCUGGUCAACCUGCGCCAACCAAGUGAAGAGCAGAACGCGGUCAUGUGCCAAUCCAGCCCCCAAGGACGGUGGGAGUCAGUGUUCUGGCAUUGGCACAGAAACAGCUACCUGCAGCUGAUUGGCUGGCUGUGAACCAAUAAAAAGUGCUUUCCCCCAAA